CCAUACUAGAUACAUAUUUUGUUUAUUUAUCUAUUUCUUUUUAAUCUAUUAAAAGCUCUGAUCCUGUCAGCUCCAUCCCGUCAAAAUGGUUCAGCUCACUGAAGUCGAAGACGAACACUUCAACGAGAAGCCUCUCCCCAGCAAGAACAACAUCCUCCUUGCCUCGGAUGACGAGGAUGAGGAUUACACGGAUACUGAGUCUGAGAUCUCCAACGACGAAGAAUUCGAACUUGAAACCGAGACUCUCUACGAACGUAUCGCGGCCUUGAAGGACAUUAUCCCCCCCUCCGCCCGCCGCCAAGUCAACAGCUCCGUUUCCACCGUCACCUCCUUCGCCAAAUCCAGUCUGUCCUUCAGCGGCAAGGCGCUGUGGAUUCUGAGCACAAGCGCUUUCCUGCUUGGUGUUCCUUGGGCCCUGGCCUACGCUGAAGAGGAGCAGUACAUUCAGAUGGAGAGAGAGCAGGGGAUGAUCCGGGGUGCCAACGAGAUGCUCUCCCCCGGUCUUGCUGCGGAGAACAAGGAAACCCAACCCACGCUUUAAAGCGAGUCCGGAGUAAACGGGUCACGCUCCACCCUUCACGAUCUGUAACGCAUCCUACUGAUCGCCUUGAGGCACUGGAUCACGCCUCUAUAAACCGGUCUCGAUCCUGUUUUUUUUUCCAUCACCGACUCACAUCAUUUUGUAUAAAAAAGGGGAGGGGAGGGGGCAACCAUAAGUUUUUUUUUCGAUUUAAUCUCGGCUUGGCGCAGUAUCUGGCUUCCAUCUCCGGUUCAGAUAAAAAACUGCAUCUUCUCCCCUCUUCGCAUGAUUGGAUUUGUUUUCCUUCUCUUUCGAAUCUUGUUUUUUAUUCUUAUUUUUUUCGGCUCGGGCAGCUCAUG